GCGUGUAUCCAUUGCUAUGGAAACCAGCGUCGCUUGGCAACGUUUAUUCGGCGUGCGAAUGCGAACGCCCGCCGGAGUUCCCGGGGAAAGUUCUAAUCGAACGUCCGCUGUUUAGAAGUUACGCGUGGUGGGCCCAGAGGAGCAUGAGCAGCGGCGGCACCCCCUCCCCCCGUGCAGGUUUUGCCUGUUCUAGACUCAUCGACGUGACCAGCAACACGGCGUUGCUGUCUCCACGCGUCACCAUGGCAGCCUCGCGAGCAGAAGAGGUCCAAGAUCAGCUUGAUACACUGAAAAAUGAAGAAGAACAAAGGGACAAAUUAACUUCAGAAAGAAACAAAGGAAGAUUGGAGGCUCAAAAGCAGGGAGCUCAUAAUUAUUUUCUGUUGGAUAUUCCUGUCGCUCAAGAACAGCUAUGCCACUAUCGGAAUGCAGCAGAAACAGCCAGCAGUGAACUUGCAGCACUCCUGGUGAAGUAUGAAUGUGCCCAAGCAGAGCUUCUAGAUCUUAAAUCAAAGCUAGCCUCUAAAGAAGUGUCUAUUCAGGAGCUGAAAGCUGAAGUGGAGAGCCAUAAGGAGAACAAUGCCAGGCAAUCUUCUCUACUCUUCUCUAUACAAAGUAGACUCCAGGAGAUUGAGAAGGAAUCUGGUACAAUUGCCAUUUCUAAAAAACAAGCAGAUCUAAAGGCACAGACUGUGCUCCAGGAGAAUUUGGAACUGAAGGAGAAAAUCCAUGAACAGGAAAGACAAAUCAGAAAAUACUUGAGUGAGUCUGAAGAAAGCCAGAUCCAAGCCUCUAAGGCCAACAGGGAACAUGGUGAAUUCAUUGCACGCCUUUGUCAUUUCUGUGAUGUUGUCAUCAAAGGAAAAGAAGAGUCCCAGGAACUUCUGUUUUCAAAGAUCAGUGACAUGCAUAAAGAAAAUACGGCCCUAAAGGCUCAGAUUGCUACAUUUGAAGCGACUAUCCAUAUUCAUGACAUAGAGUCAAAAGCUAAUAGAGAAACCAUAUUGAGGCUUGCUUCAGAACUGAACAAAGAGCAGAGCAAGACAGCAGCUUGCUCUCAAGACAUGGAAGAUCUAAGUGAUGAUUUAAAUAGCACUACAGCAGCUAAGCAGAGUCUUGAGAAGGAGAUCAGAAUCCUGCAAGACAGGCUGACUGCUAGCCAGAGAGCUUGGGAAGUUUCUCAGCAAGAACUGAGUCACCUGAGGAGAUGUUCCAGUGAAAAAGAAGACAGCCUGAAAAGCAGUAUAGAGGAGGCCAGGGCUCAAGAGGUUUUGCACAAUGAAUUUAAAGAACAAAUCAUCACUCUACUCAAGAACAAUUCCAUUAUAGUCAACCCAUCCAAAGAGGCCAUUGUGGAGAAAAUCCAAGAAAUGUGUCAUGGAGAGGAAAACAAAAGAACAAUGGUAUCCCAGCUUGAAGCUCAGAUAGCUAAACUGACUGAGGCACUCGCGACUCAGACCACCUUGCACCAGGAGGCUUUACAAAAGGCCAAGAAAGCAGAAAACAAAUCUGAGACACUCCACGAUCAAUUGACACGCCUGGAAGGGGAGCUGGUGUCUGGGGACGUGAUGCGUGAUGCUUUGAAGCUUGAGAAACAAAAAUAUAUUAAGUUUCUGGAUCAGCUUUCUGAAAAGAUGAAUCUGGGCAGCAUGGCAGUUGAUAUUGGGUUUGAUAUGAGAUUGGAUGCAGUAUUGGCCCGUUUGGAGCAAUUGAUCAAAUUGGAAGGAGAUGCAUUGACUGAAAACAAGCUCAUUGCACGCAAUCUGCAAAGAAAGCUUAAAACUCAGAAAGAGAAGCUUGACAGCAAAGAACUGCACAUGAAUCUUUUGCGUCAGAAGAUAAUUCAGCUGGAAGAAGAGAAGCAAGUGCGCACUGCCCUGGCUGUGGAAAGAGAUGAGGCCAACCUUACUACCAGAAAGUUACAAAAGCAGGUGGAAAGAUUACAGAAUGAACUUUCUUUGGCAAGAGAAACAAAUACAGACCUGAAAGUUAAGCUGGCUGACACCAAUGAGCUGAAAAUCAGAACACUGGAGCAGAACAAAACCAUAGAGGAUUUAAGCAAGUCACAAGAGAAGCUGGAAAAGAUGAAGGCAAAGGCUGAGAAGCAGCUGACCACUGUCAAAUCAGAGUUACAUGUUGCAGAGCGUGAAGCAAAGGAGGAUAAAGAAAAGGCCAGAAACAUGCUGGAAUCCGUUGCCAGUGAAUUGAAAACACUUAGAACUACUCUAGAGGAAGUAAAGAAAAGAGAGAGACAGCUGGCAGAUUUCAGAGAAGUAAUCUCUCGCAUGCUCCACCUUAAUAUUGCCACUGUUGCUCUUCCUGACUAUGAAAUAAUUACUCGUCUAGAGGCAUUGAUCCAUUCCCAUCGGCAUCACUUUGUUCCCUGUAUCUGUCUUAAAGACACGGCCAUGAGGCAAGAUGGACCACUGCAACUUCUCCACUGAAUACGUUCUUUUUGCAAAGAAUGAAGAUAGUGACAUUCCCCUCCUGGUGAUUCUGUUGUCUUUGCCAGUGUACAGAUGGUUUCGUCUGACAAUGGACAAUGUAGGUAAAAUGUAUAGCACCUACCAUGGUGGAAGUGCCAACACUACUUUUUAAGAAGGUGAACUAAGUACCCAGGGAGUAUAUUAAUGAACAAUAUUUUGUUACAACUGAAAACUUUAAGCAUUUGGCACCAAAAAUGAAGAGUCUCUUCUUCCAUAGCAAGAAGAAUAAGUAAUAAUGAUCUCAAAGUGAAGAAUAUUAUUAUAAAGUAGGCCUGUACAAAUUUGGAUUUGAAAAUUUGGAUUUUAUCCAAAAUUGCCCUAAAUCACUAAAAUCCAAAUCAGAUUUUUAAAAAAAUUGGUAAAUUCAGAUGUAAUUUUGGAAAUACUUUGGAAUUUUGGAAUUAGCAAAAAGGAAUAGGGUUUUUCCCCAGAGAGGAAUCAGUAAUCACCCGGCUCUGCUCAAUUUUAUGCUUGUUUAUAUGCCAGGAGUAUCUUAGAUCUCUUAGCGAAGGCCAUGAUUUUGGUUUUGUGAUACUUGAUUUCCAACUGGUCUUCCUUGCAGUAUGGGGCAAGGGCCCUCAGAGCUCUUCUGAGACCUUUAGGGGCCCUAGAGAGAAUUGCUGCUUCAUCUCUAUUGAGCAGAGUAGAAUCAGUAAUCACCCGGCUCUGCUCAAUUUUAUGCUUGUUUAUAUGCCAGGAGUAUCUUAGAUCUCUUAGCGAAGGCCAUGAUUUUGGUUUUGUGAUACUUGAUUUCCAACUGGUCUUCCUUGCAGUAUGGGGCAAGGGCCCUCAGAGCUCUUCUGAGACCUUUAGGGGCCCUAGAGAGAAUUGCUGCUUCAUCUCUAUUGAGCAGAGUAGAAAUGUGUCUCUCUGCGAGCUUGGGAGGUUGAAAAUCUAAUGUAUUCAGAUGACCCACCAUGGCGUUAAUGUAGAAGUUGAACAGGAGCAGGGUAAGAAUGCAGCCUUGUUUGAUACCUUUACAGGUUGGAACGGCACUUGAUAGAUGACCUUGGGGAUUGCACCUUACUUUCAGGGAUGCGUCAUUGUGUGGGAUACAUAUGAGGUAUAGCAAGUGCCGGUCAGUUGAGGAGGCUUCCAGUUUCUCCCACAGUUUUUCUCAUGAGAUUGAAUAAAAUGCAGCCUUGAGGUCUAUAAAAGCUGUGUAAAGAGAGGUUGUAGUAUGGGAAUAUUUCUCAAUUAGAUAUUAUAGAACUAAACACUGAUGGAUCGGCCCUCCCUAAAGCCAGCCUGCUCCUCCACAAGGAGGUUUUUUUGGUCUAGCCAGUCUCUAAGCUUCCAGUAUAAAUGUCUAGUGUAGCGCUUACUGAUUGUGCUGAGCAGGCUAAUAGGUCUAUAGUUUGCUGGAUUGUCCUUUCUGCCUUUUUUGAAGAUGGGAAUGAUGACCGUUAACCCCCAGUCCUUGAGAAUAUGGCCAUGUAUGUCAAUAAAUGUGAAAAGUGAAGCCAAAAUAGGGUUGUUUUUAAUUAGUGCCAGGGGAAUUAGGUACUCUCCAGGAGCCUUCCCAGGUCUUAUCUGAAAGACACAGCUCUUAGUUUCAGAUGUCAUCACCGGCAGCCAUGUGGGCAGGUCCUCUACAUUGUGCUGAGGGCAAUGUGUCCCGCAGCUUCAGCUUCAUACAGGUCAAGGAAGUGUUUUUCCCUAAUCCCUGGUGGGAUAUAGCUAUCCAGGUGUGUCGGGCCAUUGCUGGGAAGAUUCGCUGUAAUGCUCCAGAAUGAGGCUGAAUCAUUGGAUCUGAGUGCCUGGAUGAGGCAUGACCAGGUAGCUUUCGUAGCAUCUCUUUUCUUGCAUUUGAAAAGUUGUCUUUAUUGCCUCUUCUGCAUGAGGAGUUCCUGCGCAGACACUGGUUGUGUUGGUUUUGUAGGCAUGGUAGUUGCCAAUGAGCACUUUUUUUGGCAUUAAUGCAGUUGUCAAACCAUGGUUUUGAACGGUGCAGGUGCUGCUUUGGGCGAGUGUUGGUUUUGUGGGUUAGGUGCUUUUGUAGUACCUGCACUAGAUUAUUGUAGACCUCUAAAGUUGAAUCAGAAGGUUUCAGAAGUUGAAUCAGAAGGUCAGGGAGAGCCGAAUGUGCUGGAAGUGUUCUGAGGUGAGUAGUUCGGAUAUUGCUUUGUCUAGAGGAGUGGACUGUUUGGUGCGGCAGGCCUUUCUCGCAGAUAAGAUGUGGGGUUGGUAUAAAUCUUCAGUGUAUAUCUGACAUAGCCCUAUAGUAUUUUCUCCCUAUUGAGAUAUGUAUUUCCUACGUAAUUUGCACAUCAAAUCUCUAUAUGUUUUUCCCCAUUUGAUUUUGACUUGGUGUAUUCGUUUUAAUGUUGCAGUUCAGUGGGGGCAGAGUCCCAUCCACAAAUAAGGACCUUGCAGGCAAUCUGUUCACUACCCUGAGCCAUUUUUUGGAAGGGCGGUAUAUAAAUCAAAUGAAUGAAGGCAGAGUUACUCAUUUCUUGCAUGAGAUCUGGAUUUCUUUCUUGCAGGUAGCAGUUUGUGGUGACGAUGGGCCCCGAUACUCUGCGGGGAAACCACUGUAAGUUGGGCAAAGUAGUCUAAUACAUUUAAACAACUGCCAAGUGCUCUUGUGCUUGACAGUCUGGUGUAUUUGCACACAUUGGCUAGAAACCUGAAGCAGCUUAGCUUCUUGCUGGGAAAGAGGAGAAUAUAUUCCCCCUUAUAGCUCUCUAAGUUAAAGAGGCUAGAUGCUUACUUUUCCCCCUUUUCUUUUUUAAAGGUUCUUUCAAAAGGUUUUUGGAGUCCUUGGAGUCAGGAGGUAUAUUAAAUGAAUAAUGAAUGAAUGAAUGAAUAAGAUUCAAGAAAGGGGCCUGAAAUACCCUUAAGAAAACCAGGCUUUCUUAGCCACACCCUUCUGGCUACAGUCUUUGCUCUAAAUCAAGAUUCCCCUGUGUUGCAGGCAUUUUAAAAUCAAAACUAGUUUUGGACUAGGUGACUUAAUAUCACUAAUGCAUGGGUUAGAGAGCAGAUCCAUACAGAGG